AUGCCUUUAGACAAAGCCACACUCUCCAAAUGUUGUCUUGCACUUACAGUGCUGUUCUCCUUUCUCCUCCAAAUGCCGUUUUCCGAAUACAGAAGCGCAUUUAUCAAUGAUUUGGAUGCUGUAUUUUAUACUGGCUCUUCGGCAAUACUCUUGUUUGCCGUCGCGACCACAAUCCUGGAAUUGACCCUCGCCUUACUGCUGCGCCUUCUGAGCUUUGAACUGCGCUAUUUGCCCUCUGGACCAUUAAUAAGCCUUGUUCCAACUAUAGCUGGCCACCUUGUCGGUCGAAUCUCUCCUCAUCUGCGCUUGUGGUCUGGUAUGACUGCCGAUUUCCUGGUCAUGUUAUUGUUGCAGCUAGUUGGUUUAGCUUAUCAGUACGACCUGUUGGGUCUGCAGAAGGUGCUCUUUGUUCCGAAGAGUGCCGUGGCAGCGGUCUCCAACGGCCUCGGGCCCUGGCUCCGAAGCACUCCACCCGCAGACUUAAAGAGGCCUUUAGGUGCCACCCUGGAACUUCAGCACCGAGAAGAAUUAGAUAGACAGGAACAGAGUUGGAUGGAAGCCAGAAGAGCUAGCAUGAACGUAACUGGGUAUGUGACGGGAAGCCUGUUCCAAGUUUUGAUUAUCAGUGUUAUAACGGUGACAACUGACGUGUGUCACCGUCGAAUUACGCCCUUUGGAAUCCCCCAAGAAGAACACAAUUGGAAGGGCGUAACUUUUGGAAUCCACCCGGAGGAAUGUUUAUUGUGUACAAAACCCGGAGUUUCUUUCUCGGGUAGCAGUUGCCGCUGGUUGGUAUCCAGCAUGCUGACGUCCCCGCCUCGGGGCAAGCCCGGCCAUGGGAGCGGACUGGUGGUUGUCCUCGCAGUCCGCAUGUGA